AUGCUGAAGUCGUCGAAGCGUCAACUGCUGAAUCACAAGACAAGUGAUAACAGUUUGGUGCCAACUCAGAAAAGCUGCACAUCGUCAAGUAGAAACGGCACUCCUGCACCAAGCACGACAAUGAAGCAAGUGGAAGGAUUGAAUUGUGAUACUCACGUACCGACUCUCAGCGAAAUCGCUCACAUCAAUGAUCCGGUCUUAAAAGAAGUGUUUGCUUCAUCAGGUAUUCCAAAUGUGAAAGCUCGUCCAGGACUCGAUGGUUAUCCUCAGCUGCCACAGCGAUCAUAUGUUGCUCGUCCUCAACAAAAAAUGAUAUACUACGGCGAAGUCCCCAUUGAGCACCAUCAGCAGCCACUGGGCCCUGUACCUACGGAAAACUCCAUGUCACUAGCAGUCAGUAGCGGCGUCAACGCACUAGCCACCGGAGCCGAUGUCUUAUACCGUGGAGCGGCAACCGUUGGAGAAGCGUUUGGCAUUGACACUCGAGCCUAUCAAGCACCUCUUUUCAGUGCCGCUACACAAUUCUUCGGCAGAAGAUGA